AUGAAAAAUCUAUUUUACAGCAUCCAUCUGUUGAUACAUUACCAAAUCCCGAUCCGUCGUAUCCAUUGGGCACACCCUCAUCAGAUAAAGAAUAGCGAUUUGAAUGUAUACGACGUUGUAGAUGAUGAAAGUAGUGCACCACAAGCGACAGUUGCUAUAAUUGUUCUCUAUGAUAUACGUGGUUUUAAGAUUUUUUUUCAAAAUCAAUCAACAGCAAGUGCAACAUGGUCUCGUGUUCAACAAGAUCUAAUGACGGUUAAUACAUAUCUCAAUUCACAAAAUUAUACUAAAUUAGUUACGAUUGGUUUUUGUUGGGGUGAUCUUCGUGUAAUGAAAGCAAGUGGAAAUGGUAAUAAUAAUACAUGGAACAUUACACCAUAUUUUACUGGUAUUAGUAUUCAUGGUUCUCAGCUCAAUCUACCUGAUGCAGAUGUACUUCAAGUUCCAAUGUUAUUUAUUUGUGCGGGAAAUGAUCCGUCAUUUGAUAAUAUAACAGCAGUUCUUAAUAAGAAAUCAUUCGGUAAUCAAUGUGAAUACAAAGUCUAUGAGAAUAUGAGGCAUGGAUUUGUUAGUGCGGGUGCAAAUUAUUCAAAUCCAGAUAAUGUAUUACGAACUUAUUUAAACAAAAUAUUAAAGAAUAACUCAAUAAAUGUUAAAACAUCAUUAUUAACAACGAUAUUCUCUUUUGUUUUUAUAUACUUUUCUUUAACUUAA